CCCCCCUUUAUCUGGACCUUGGCAAUUCUGUCACAGUGAGAGAUCAUAUUCCUGUAUUACUCUAGUUAAAUACACGACACGCAGAAAAAGAAAGGGGUUCCUUCGAUGGGAAAUUACAAAUCAAGACCAUCCCAGACGUGCACAGAUGAGUGGAAGAAGAAGGUGGGUGAGUCAUACUCUGUGAUCGUGGAGAAGCUGGAAGAUGACUUCCAGCUCAAAGACACGGAGCUGGUGGACCUCAAACUUGCUUUCAGCUCUGAUGAGGCUUUUCAGAAGGUGAACGUGUGCUACCGCACAGAGAAGGGGCUUUCACUGCUGCAUCUCUGCUGUGUAUGUGGAGGGAACAAGGGUCAUAUACGCAGCCUGAUGCUCAAAGGUCUGCGUCCUUCCAGACUCACCAGGAACGGAUUCACUGCGCUCCACCUGGCUGCUUACAAGGACAACGCCGAACUGGUGACUGCACUUCUCCACGGAGGGUCAGAUGUGCAGCAAGUGGGAUACGGUGCCCUCACAGCUCUGCAUGUUGCCACACUGGCUGGGCAUCACGAGGCUACAGAUAUACUACUACAGCAUGGAGCUUUUGUCAAUGUUCAGGAUGCUGUGUUUUUUACUCCACUGCAUAUCGCUUCGUACAACGGCAACGAGCAGCUGGUAAAGCUGCUCCUGAAGUUUGGGGCAGAUGUGAAUUUGGGUGGUGAGGUGGGUGACCGGCCAUUACAUCUGGCUGCUGCGAAAGGUUUUCUUCCUAUCAUCAAACUGCUGCUGGGUGAAGGGAGCAAAGCUAACGUAAAUGCCCAAGACAAUGAAGAUCACGUUCCUCUCCACUUCUGCGCCCGUUUCGGUCACCAUGAGAUUGUCCGUUUUCUCCUGCAGGGCAACUUUGAUGUACAGCCCCACUCUGUCAACAUCUACGGGGACACACCAUUACACCUGGCCUGCUACAAUGGAAAAUUGGCAGCAGUGAAGGAUUUAAUCCAGUUUUCUGGUGCAGAAAGUCUUUCAAAGGAGAACAUAUUUAGUGAAACAGCACUUCACAGUGCAUGCACAUAUGGUAAAGACCUAGAGAUGGUGAAGUUCUUGCUCAGCCAAAAUGCCAUGAGCAUCAACUAUCAAGGCCGAGAUGGACAUACAGCUCUACACAGCGCCUGUUUCCAUGGUCACAUCCGCCUGGUGCAGUUCUUGCUGGACAGUGGGGCAGACAUGAACCUUGUGGCCUGUGAUCCCAGCAGGUCAAGUGGAGAGAAAGAAGAGCAGACCUGUCUGAUGUGGGCUUAUGAAAAAGGUCAUGAUGCCAUUGUCACCUUACUAAAGCACUACAAGCGUCCAGAUGACUCACCCUGCAAUGAGUACUCCCAGCCAGGAGGGGAUGGAUCCUACGUUUCUGUCCCGUCUCCUCUUGGAAAGAUCAAAAGCAUGACCAAAGAGAAAGCAGACGUUCUUGUGCUCAGAGCGAGCCUCCCAUCUCAUUUCCACCUUCAGAUGUCUGAUCUGGAGUUUAAUGAAAUUAUUGGCUCAGGAUCCUUCGGACGAGUGUAUAGAGGCAAAUGCAGAAACAAAAUAGUGGCCAUAAAACGCUAUCGAGCCAACACGUACUGCUCAAAGUCGGACGUGGAUAUGUUCUGCAGGGAGGUUUCCAUCCUGUGCCGCCUCAAUCACCCCUGUAUCAUCCAGUUUGUGGGAGCGUGUUUGAACGAUCCCAGUCAGUUUGCUAUUGUCACCCAGUACGUCUCUGGAGGCUCACUGUUCUCCCUGCUGCACGAGCAGAAGAGGCUUAUCGACCUGCAGUCCAAGCUCAUCAUUGCCAUCGACGUGGCCAAGGGCAUGGAGUACCUGCAUAACCUCACCCAGCCUAUCAUCCACAGGGACCUCAACAGUCAUAAUAUUCUGCUUUAUGAGGAUGGGCACGCCGUGGUGGCUGAUUUUGGAGAGUCCAGAUUUUUACAGUCUGUGGAGGAGGACAACAUGACCAAGCAGCCAGGGAACCUGCGUUGGAUGGCUCCUGAGGUGUUCACCCAGUGCACCCGCUACUCAGUGAAGGCCGACAUGUUCAGCUACGCCCUCUGUCUGUGGGAGCUGCUCACUGGAGAAAUUCCAUUUGCCCACUUGAAACCUGCGGCUGCAGCUGCAGACAUGGCCUAUCAUCACAUCCGGCCUCCAAUUGGGUACUCCAUCCCCAAACCCAUCUCUGCUCUUCUGAUGAGAGGCUGGAACUCCUGUCCAGAGGACAGGCCUGAGUUCUCUGAAGUGGUUUCCAACCUGGAGGAAUGCCUGUGCAACGUUGAGCUGAUGUCUCCAGCCUCCAGUAACAGCAGCGGCUCCCUGUCGCCCUCCUCCUCCUCCGACUGUCUGCUCGGGCGAGGAGGACCGGGCCGGAGCCACGUGGCCGCCCUGCGCUCCCGCUUUGAGCUGGAGUACGCUCUCAACACUCGCGCCUACGCCUUCUGGACUCAGAGCGAGCGUCGCCGAGCGUCCGGGGGCCUUUCACUGGAGGAGCUGAGAAGGAACAUGCAGUUUUCUCCCAUUGACCGAAAUGGGUACGUGUCUGAUCCCAUGAGCACCAUGAGAUUCUGCUCCUCCUUCAGCAGCAGCGGCAGCUUCGAGGACAGUAACUGAACGACCCGCUCUUCAAUAAGUCCUCAUUAUUCUGGACAUUUAUUUUAUCUUGUGAAUUCAUUGUAUCUCACUAUUUACUUGUGAUCUUUAGUAUAUGAAUGAGUUGUUUGCAAGCUGUACACGCACAGUCUCUCAUAGAUUUUGUACAGUGUUUACUUCACCACGUACAACGUGUAAAAACA